AUGCUGCGCAGCAGUUCUAGUCUUAGACGUGGUGUAUACCAUAAUGCACCUAGUGUUUAUCCAUUUGUUAAACCAUUUCAUGAUACUCCUCACGAUGAAGAUCGAGGUCCUCAUGACGUUGUGAGAGACCGAUGGCGUAAAAAUAAAUGGCCUCAAUGGAUGGAUAAUGGAGCUGAUGGGACUGGUUAUGGAAUAGGACUUCAUCGAGUGCAUCCAUUAUCUAGACUUCGUGGUAAUAUUGGUCGCAGUCCAACACAUGUUCCUCGUGUUUUGAGUAUGAUGAUUCAAGGUGUUUGGCAUAAAAGUGGUGUUAAGCUUUAUUUUCGUGGAGGGAAACCUCCAAAUCCAAGUAAACAUCCUUAUUUAACUGGAGAACCUUGUCCUGUAUAUGGAUGGAAAGUUACAGAUGAAUCAGUAAUAAGGCAAUUUAAUAUGCCAACUCAAGAUGCUGCAAAAGUACGUUAUAAACCUUAUGUUGCAUUACAGGAAAGAAAAAUUAUGGGAAUUAAUGCACCCGCAGUUGUUCAACCUGAUGCACCAAAACAGUCUACCGACGCAAAACCUUUAGUAAAACGUCUUUUCUUUUGGCAGUGA